AUGGAGCUGGCCAGCACGCUUGCGAAGACAGCCCUCUUGCGGCAGUCAGACGUGCCGCCAUGGCAGGGGGCUGUGCAGGUAGGUGGCAAAGUUGCGCCACCUCCCAGCAACAGCAGCUGCAAAAGCUGCAGGAAAGCCUUCAAGCUUACUGGAGCACUGCAGGUGAUUCCGGCGACGGGAUUGGUUCUGAUGCGACGAAGGUGGCGCAGGCAGACUGACCUGCGAGGCUACCUACAGCUCAAAGCCGUUGCUGAUGUAACCAUCAAGGACCAGUCCCAGCCUGACGACAAGCCCGAAGACUUCUGCAAGAAGGGGAAGCGUGUCGAAGUUCUUGCUCCAUCCAAGCGUUGGCGUGAAGCUCAGGUCAUCAAAGUUGGGGGAGGCAUCGCGCGGGUACAUUACAUGGGAUACGAUUCAAUGUUCGAUGAGGAUGUCCCGAUGGAGGAAGGUAUCGCCCCGUUUGCUGGCUUGGACGUGCUCCGAUGGAGAGGAGUUUCCAGAACCUGGCGAGCACGGUGGGGCCGUCUCGAUGUUUGGGGCCCAAUUUUUGCUUCAGGGGUGCAACUGCGCCUGCUGCAGCGCGAUAGCUGCUCGAGACAUAAGCGGCUUGGACCACGUACUUUGGCACAGCUGCUGGACCGUCUUCCGACCUCAGCCAGGAAGCUUUGUUUGGAUCUGGCAGGGUCCGGCUUGACUGACCGUGGAGCCGUGGCAAUCGCCACUGCUCUGCCCUCUACCUUGAUUGAGCUUCGGCUAUUUUUCGGACAGUGCAAACUCCAAAAGGAUGGCUGCGCCGCACUCGCUGAUGCACUUCCGCAAACGCUGGUCAGUUUGACCCUGGACCUUCGUGAUUGCCCAUUGCAUGAGGGUGGGGCCGUGACACUUUCAGCUGGAGUUGCCCACCUGCCCUGCCUGGAAGAUCUAGUCUUUGACUUCGGUGGCUGUGGUAUUCGAGAUGAAGGAGCUGAACGCAUAGCGCGGCAUCUACCGCCCUCUUUACGCAGUCUGGUCUUGGACUUCGGAGGAUGCCACUUAACAGCUCGGGCUGCAAUCGCGCUGCUGACAAAGUGUGCAGGGCUGCCAAGCUUGCAUUACUUGAAGAUAGGCGCUUUUGGUUGUCCCAUUGUGGAUUUUCGGAUUCCGACUGCAUUUUGCCCGACCCUGAAACGCUUGGUGCUCAACUUCUCCGGAAGUGGUGUUGGUGAAAACAUGCUACAUUCCUUGGGCUGCAGUUUGCCCGUUGACCUGGAGCAGCUUGACUUGACGUUGAUUGGCACGGGUGUGACCAAUGCCGGUGUUGCCUCCAUGGCUGGAAGACUGCCUCGACUUCAAACUUUGGGCUUGGACGUGUCCGGCUGCCAGGUGUGCAGUGAGGGCGUAUUGGCCCUGAUGGAAAAGCUGCCGGAGUCUUUGUCGCACCUGUCUCUCGGCAUCGCUGGUUGCGAGGUGGAAGAUGUUGGGGCAUGCGGCUUGACCAACUGGACUUCGCACUCGUCUACUCUGAAGCUGGAUUUGAGCGAGACAAGAAUUCACGAUGCUGACCUGGCACAACUUCUGAGACAGGCACACCAACUGACUCUCUUGAGUUUGAACUGUCACAGGAGCAAUGUCACAUGUACCAACACGGACCUUGUCGCUGCACUGACCACCCGGCAAUGCAUGCAAGAUUGUCAGUUGUGCUUAGACCUUACGGGAUGCUCUUUGUCGGAAGAAGGCCUGCGUAGAGUUCUUGCCGGGCUCGCGAGCUCGUCUGGUGCACCCGGGCAGCAGCACGACAUCGUCCACGAUCAAGCAGAGGCUCUUUCACAUCGUCCUUGCAGGAAUCUUGCAGACGGCGAGAGCAUCACACCAGACAGCCUCAAGAAGCUCUUCGACUUGUACGGAGAAGGGGCUAUAGUGAAUCUUGCUUUGUGUUCCACAUGUCCGUUGAUCAAGCAAGCUACGCAGAUUGACCAGCUGAGGCUUCGGCCGUUCGGCCAGCUGCGAUCUCAAAAGCUCAAGGACCGACAGGAAGGCUUCGUGCUCCAGUUGGAUGCCGGCCAUUGUCCCGGAUGUGGAGUGAAACUUCAGUGCACCGACCCCACGGCCUUGGGAUAUAUACCACCAGAGAAGAUGGUGCAAGAGGAGGACGAGGAUGAGACUGCAAAGCCUCUCAAUGCAGAGGACGAAGUGGCGCUGCUGAUGAAGGAUGAUGGUGCAACGGAGCGAAGUUCCUUCGAGCUACCCACGAAGUCGGCACAGAGGCACUUCAAGGUGGUUGCAAACGUUUUCCUGGAUAUUCGCCAGGAACCUGAUGUGAACGCACCACGCACUGGAGAGAGCUUGGCGUUUGGCGAGCAGUUCCAAGUUUCAGAAAUCUUGAGAAGUGCUGACUCCCGCACUUACUUUCGCUUAGAAGACGGAAGAGGUUGGGUUUUUGAUCGAGGCGUCGUGCGAGGCGCCAUGACACAGUUAGUCGCUCCCCUUACAGAUGGGCUUUCGGCGAAGAAGCUCGCAAGGGAGUCGCGACAGAACGUAUGCAUGCGGUGUUGGGGCCUCUGGCAGUACAACGACUGCGACGAUGUCCUGAGACCGGCUUAUGGAGGUGCAGGCAGCCCAUCACGCGCAUCCGAUGAGCUGACAGCAGAAGCUUUUGAGAAGCUGCUAAGCCGGACAUUGGCACCA